AUGGACUCAGUGUCUUCAAUUCGACAGCCAUGUAGAGGUAGACCACGCUCACGAAAUACAAGUAUUAGACAGAAUGAUGUUCGUAGGUACAGAUAUGAUAGGAGACGGAGAAAUACCGAUAAUACUUCAAAUCAUCCAGGAUAUUACGCAGCAUUCGAACAAAACUUUUCUUUCUCAUCUAAUCUUGGAAUAAAAAAUGUCAAGUGUAUAUUUUGUGGUGCUUUCAAUUUCGACUUUGAACGAACAGGUCGAGAUAAGAAUUUCAGUAUUUGUUGUCAGAAAAAUAAAGUUAAACUUGAGUUACCUCCAUAUUCACAGACAUUAAAAAAUCUGCUAUUGGAUAAUCACCCACUCUCACAUCACUUCAGAGAUAAAAUUCGCCAGUAUAAUUGUGCCUUCUCAUUCAUCACUUUCAGUGCCAAAGUUCAGAAUAUUCCUACACGUGGACCUUAUUGCUUCAAGAUCGGUGACACGGUUCAUCAUUUAAUAAGUUCUCUUGAAAAUCAGCGAUUAGGUGGACAGGUCUAUAUUCUGGAUUUAGAAGAAGCUUACAAUGUUAGAUCAUCGCAUCAAGCCAAUUCAGGCUUAAAACGUGAGCUAAUGAACAUGUUACAUGAAGAAUUUCUCACUAUAAACCCAUACGCGAGAACUUAUAAAAACAUGUCAAUUAUCCAACAACGAGAGGAAGAAAUGGCACGUUUGCUUGGAUCACCAAUCAAAGUCUAUGGAAUUGAGUUUUUCACUGAUUCAAAUGAUAAUCGAGGCCGUGGAAAUUUGCCAAACAUCUCAGAAAUCGCUGCAGUUUUUGAGACUGAUGAAGGUACGCCACCAAAUAGUCGAAAUUUGAGAGUAUAUCCUGUAGGCGAAGCUCCUAGAAUAAUCUCACAUUUAAGUCCUCACCUUGAUCCUAUGGCAUAUCCUAUCAUUUGGCCUUAUGGGCAACAAGGUUGGUCCCCUUUUUUGAUUCAUAAUAAUUCCCGCAGAACUUCAACUCGAACAAAACUCACUUUGAGAGAGUUUGCCUGUUAUAGAUUUUCAGACAGAGAAAAUCACUUCAAUGCGGCGAAUCAUUGUGGUAAAUUAACUCAACAACUUUACGUGGAUAUUUAUGUAAGGUACGAAGGACUCAGACUAUUUUGGAUCAGAAAAAAUCAGGACAAACUUCGCGUUGAAACAUAUGCUGGGUUAUUAGAUUUCGUUUCAGGAACUUCUGAAGCACAAAGUUCAAGAGCUGGUCGCAUGAGUAAUUCUACCAUCUUCUUUCACUGGAAGCCCUAG